CUGUUGAUGACCAGAAAAAUCUGUUAACCCUCAUUCUUAAUCACUGAAUCUCUGAUUCCUUUGUUGUUGUUGUUUUUUUUUCAUUCACAUUCAACUGACAAUGAUAAUAAUGAAACAAUGAAACAAUUGUGGAAAAUUACAAAUAAAAUUGGCAUCGCAAUCUGGAAUUAUCCAGUAAAUGUCAAACACCCAUCAUCACCGUCAUCCAAACAAAAUCAUCAUCAAUAUUUAUCAUUGUUUAUCGGUGAAAUAGUCUGUAUACAAUAUGAAUGUCAACAUUGGUAUUAUGGUUAUCGUUUAACAAAUGAACCAAAUAAAUUGGGAAUUUUCCCUAGAAAUUAUAUUCAAAUACAAAAUAAUUAUAAUUAUUAUUCGAUUUCGGAUUCAUUGAAUGAUGAUAAUUUUGAACAAGAAACUAUUCUUAUCCUAUAUGAAUGGAUUUGUUUACUUAAGAAAAUUUUCGAGCAAGGCGACCAGGAAAAAUAUCUAACCAUACAGAAUUCAAUAUCCAUAUUGAUUGAACAUUAUCAACUACUUAAAUCGGGUAAAUUAACAACAAAUGAAUUGAAAAAAUUAAAAUUUGAAAUUAUCGAUACAAUCGAUAUUGGUAAUAAACAUUUGAAUUUAGAUUUAAUCGUACGAAAUGAAAAUGGCACAAUUAUCAAUCCAUUUGAAACAGAUAUUAUUGAAUAUUUUGAAUAUCAUUGGACAAAAGCACAAAAAUUACGUUCAAUAUUUCGUUGUUCAAAUGAUUCUACCAAUUCAACUCGGUUAGAUCCAGCAAAAUAUUCAAACAAUAUUGAAUCGAAUAGUUUUUGUAUAACAUUAUCAAAUUUUAUCUGUAUGAUCAAACAAGAUAUGAUUAUUAAUAUGGCUAUUUAUGAUGCUAAUAAUCAUAAAUUUUUAACUGAAAAUUAUAUUGUUAAAUGGGAAAAAACUGGUUUCGUUCGAGAAGUAGAAAAAAUUAAUAAUAUUCGUGUUGUUUUUACGGAUUUUAGUGCAAAUGAUUUAUUUCAAAAUAAUAGCAUUAGUAAACAAUCAUUAUAUUUAGUUUGUCAGGUAAUACGUGUUGGUACAAUGAAUAUUAUUGAUAAUGAUCGAAUGCGAAAGGCUACUUAUUCAAUGAUGAAAAAAUCGGAUGUUGAUGAAUUAAAACGACCAUGUGGUGUUGCUGUUUACAGUUUAAACGAUAUAAUACAAAAUCAUCUGAAUCAACGUGAAAAAAAAGAAAUAUUCAUACCAUUAGUAAUGUGUACGGAACGUGAUUCAUUAGAUUCAUUAUUACGUAAAAUAAUUCGUGAUCCAAAAGAUUCAAAAGAUCAAUGUAAAACACAAGGUUUUAUCAUUUCAAUAUUAUUAUUUACAAGUUAUAAAAUGCAAUUAUUAGAUAAAUAUCGUAUGUAUUAUGCACAAUAUCCAAUUUAUAUUGCAAGGAAAAUUGGUUUUCGUGAUAUUAUCCUGCCUGAAGAUAUACGUAAUGAUUUAUAUCUAACAUUAAUAUCAGGUGAAUUUCAUAAAGGAAAUAAAAAAUCAGAAAGAAAUAUUGAAGUAACAGUAAAAAUUCUGGAUGAAUCCGGUACGAUUAUUGAUGAUUGUUUAGCUGUUGAUUCACAUAACGCAAUGGAUUCAUUAUAUCGUAGUCGAACAAAUAAUUCAAUUGAAAAACAACAACAAACAACAACCGGACAACAAACAAAUCAAAAACAAUCAUCAAAAACAUCGGUUCAAAUGAUUCAAUAUGUUCAAAGUCAACGUGAUAUAUUUACAAUAUCAAUAGUUAUUUGUUCAACAAAACUUACACAAAAUAUACAAAUUUUAAGCCUAUUAGGUUGGCGUGAUAAUAAAAUUCCAUUGAAUGAAAUUUUGAAUAAUGUACAAAAAUUAGAUGGUAAUGAAAUAAUGAAAUUUUUAUAUGAUGUAUUGAAUGGUUUGUUUGAAAUAUGGAUGGACCCCAGUACUGAUUCGCAAUAUGAUCGUCAAAUAUUUGAUGCAUUAAUCUAUAUUAUUAAACAUCUGCUACAGGAUAAAUAUAUACAUUUUCAAGAAAUAUUAAAUGAAUAUAUUGAUAAACAUUUUAGUGCAACAUUAAUACAUAUGAAAUUGAUUGAUUGUUUUAAAUAUUAUAUUGAAAAUCCUGAUUCAAUUAUUAGUUAUCAUACGAUUACAUGUAUGGAAUUUAUAUUUAAAUUUAUAAUACGUUCAAGAAAUUUAUAUGUUUUGCUCAAUGGUGAUAUUAAUCAUGAUCGAUUUGAACAAGCGCUUGAAGAUUUAUUUGAAAUAUUCACUAGGCUGAUGGACAUUAAUGAUAACAAAGAUAACAACAACAGUGAAAAUAUAAUCAAAGUUAAACUUGGAAUAUUGAAAUAUUUUCCAAAAAUUAUUGAAAAUGUUUUGACAAUUUUUGAUGAAAGAAAAUUAGCCAAUAAAAUAAUCAAAUUGAUAAAAAACAUUCCGUUUACUGAAUUAAGUGUACAAAAACUUUCUUGUAUACAUGAAAUUAUUGAAAGUAAACUAUUUAGUGAAUAUCCUGAUUGUCGUCGUAAAUUAAUUCCAACUAUAAAUAUUCAUCUACAAACGGCAUUAAUCAUUGUAAUUGAUGAAAAUUUUUAUAAUAAUGAAAAAUUAGAAAAAUGUUUAUCAAUUAUAAGUGAUGCAUUGAAAAUUUUAAUCAAACAAAAACGUAAUAAUAUUAAAUAUGAUAUUAAUGAUUUUGUACAAAUAUUAUUACAACCAUUAAUUAAUAUAUUUUUAUCAUUACAAUUACGAAGAAAAAAACAAAAUGAUAAUAAUACAUUUUGUUAUAAAAUGUGGUCAAUUAUAUUGGCUAUUUUAAAUCAAAUGAAUGAUUAUCAUUAUAAUGAAUUUUUUAACCGUCUGAAAUUGGAUCAAGAAUUUGAAUAUUUUUUAAAAUCAUUAUUAAAAAUUUUUAAUCAUUCAACCGAAUCUAUUUAUCCAAACGAUUGGACUUUUAUGAAUAUUACACAAAAUGUUGUCAUAGUAAAAACAAUGACCCGUAUUAUAAAUUUUACCAAAGAAAAAAUUUCAUUCAAUGAUUUUUCCAUUGAAACAUGGAAUCAAUUAUUUUGUAUAUCGAUAAAAUUCAUAACACAACCAUCAUUAAUGUUGGAACAAUUUCGUUUUUAUAAACGUAAACGUUUAGAAAAAAAUUUCACCAAAGAUUUACGUUUAGAAAUGAUUAUUUUGAUACGUUCAUUAUGGUUUUAUUUGGGUAAUCAUAAAAUUGAACUUAUACCAUCAUUAAUUGGUCCAUUAUUACAAGUAGCACUGAUACCAAUGCUAGCUAUAAGAAAAGAUACGAUUGUUAUAUUUUUUGAUAUGUUUUUAUGUAUGGAAAAAAUGACAAUAUUUCGUGAUGAAAUGCUAACGCAAUUAGAUUUAUUAAUACCCGAUGGUAAAGGUGAUUCGGAAUUUCAACAAUUAUUAUCAACAAUGUUUAUUGAAUCAAGUGAAAAUCAUGAAGAAUUUAUUCGAGAAAAUUUUGUAAAAUUUGUAUCGGAAAUUAGUGAACAAAUUGAAAAAUUAUUAAUAUAUCGCAGUGUUGUUAGUAAUAUUGAUAAUUAUGAAUCAUUAAUGAGUACUAUAAUUGAUUUAUUAGAUUUUUAUGAACGUAUUGAUCGUAGAGAAUUAUAUAUACGUUAUUUAUAUAAAUUAUAUGAUCUACAUUUAAAAUAUGAAAAUUAUAAUGAAGCUGCAUAUACGUUAACCCGUCAUAGUAUUUUAUUGGAAUGGUCAGAUAAACAAUUGGAACAAUUAUUACGUAAUGAACGUUUUAAUAAUAUUUAUAAUUCACAUCGUGAAUUAAAAGAAAAAUUAUAUUUUGAAAUUAUUGAAAAUUUUAAUAAAGGACAAUUAUGGGAAGCAGGUAUUGUUUAUUGUAAAGAAUUAAUACAACAAUAUGAAAAUGAAAUUUUUGAUUAUGUAAAAUUGUCUGGAUUGUUUGAAAAAAUGUCAUCAUUCUAUAAACUAAUCAUAUCUAGUGUACGAAUUGAACCAGAAUAUUUUCAUGUAACAUAUUUUGGACAAGGAUUUCCCGGGUUUUUCCGUAAUAAAUCAUUUAUAUAUCGUGGUAAAAGUUAUGAAAGAUUAUUUGAAUUUACAAAACGUCUACAGAAUCAAUUUCCACAAGCACGUUUAUUGGAUAAAUUGGAUGUUGAAGAAUCAGAAUUGAUGAAUCGUAAUGAACAAAAUCUAUCAAUUUAUCGUGUUGAUCCAAAAGUAAAUGAUGAAGUGAAGAAUAAAUUCUUACGAACAUUAGUUGAUGAAAGAAUCAUAAAAUAUUAUCAAUAUAAUGAAAUAAAUCAUUUUAUAUUUUCAAGAAAAUUAAUCAAAGAUGAUAGUAACGACAAUAGCAAUAACAAUAGACCAUCAUCAUCAUCGAAUGAAUUCGCUUGUAUGUGGAUCGAACGUAGUGAAUAUCGUACAGCAUUUCCAUUACCCGGAAUAUUAUAUCGUUCGGAAAUAAUUGAUAAACAUAGUUAUCAAUUAAAUCCAUUGAAAAAUGCAAUAGAUACAAUGGAAAAAAUGAAUACAAAAACUCGGAUGAUCAUAUAUAGAUAUUUAUUGGAUGAUGAUAAUCAACAUCCAUUACAUAAUUUAUUGAUGCAUAUUAAAGGUAUUGUUAGUUCGGAUGUACAAGGUGGUGUAUCCAAAUAUGAGGAGGCAUUUUUCAAUGAUAAAGAUAAUGACGAUAAAGAUAAUCAAUCAAAUGAAUAUGAUAAAGAAGAUCUUGAACAGCUACGAAAAUUGAUUGUCGAUCAAAUACCAUUAUUGGAUUUAGCAAUAAAAAUUGCUGAUCAAAAACAACGACAACAUCCGAUCAAUCAAAGUAUGGAUGGUCUUUAUCAAUAUAUUGUUGAAUCUUUCGAAAAAAUGCGUAUCGAUGUACGUUGUAAAUAUUCAGAUAUUUAUCAUAGUGAUCUUCCUAGUGAUAUGCAAAAAAUUAUUGAAAAUCAUUAUAAAAUGCAACGUUUAGCUUGUUCAAUGUCACAAGAUCAAUCGCAAAUAAUUGCAACACCAAAUGAACAUCGAAAUUCAAUCGAUGGAACAAUGACAUUAACCAAACGAUCAUUAUUCAGUCGAUCGAAUACAAAUGCAGCAAAUCUUACAUUACGUUUUCGACGUAAAGAUUCCAGACGUCUGAAUCCAGAUUCAUCAAAUUCAAUUUGUUAUUCAUCCAAUGCAAAUAUUUCACAAACACAAUGGUAUACUGAUCAUAAAAAAUCUACAGGAAAUUUAAGCUUUAUUUCUGAUAAUAACAAUAAUAAUAAUAAUACGGAACAAUCAUCACCAACCAUAAAUGAAAAUUCAAAGAAUCAAGCAAAAAUAUCAAGUCGACCAUCAAGUGGAAAUUAUAGUUCACGUACAUCAAUACAAAGUCAAUUAAGUGUUUAUUAUCCAAUGUCAUCAUCAUCAAUAUCAUUGGAAGAAGAUCAAGAUGAACUGCCACCAGAAUUACCGGAUAAAAAAAAUGUACAGCCAUUACCCGAAUUGCCAGUAAAAAUGCGUUCAAAUUCAAAAGUUUAACCCACAAAAAAAAUUAAUUUGAUUUAA